UGUUAGGAUUAAAUGAUGACAUUAAUUGAAGUUGCUGCUCCGCCAUCCUUUACUCCUCUAGGCUCUUUCAACCCAUUCAGUGAUGACCCACUUCCAGCUUACCCCAAGAAACAGCUCGUACUCAAGAUCAUUAGUGGACAGCAGCUGCCCAAACCACCAGACUCCAUGCUGGGGGACCGUGGAGAGAUUAUUGAUCCAUUGGUUGAAGUGGAGAUAAUUGGUUUACCCAUUGACUGCUGCAAGGAACAGACGAGAGUUGUUGAUGACAAUGGUUUCAAUCCAGUGUGGGAGGAGACUCUUUCCUUCACACUUCACAUGGCUGAGCUGGCACUUGUGCGUUUCCUUGUCUGGGACCAUGACCCGAUCGGACGAGACUUUAUCGGUCAACGGACUGUGGCCUUCAGCAGUCUGAUGCCUGGUUACAGGCAUGUUUACCUGGAAGGACUGACGGAAGCUUCCAUUUUUGUGCAUGUGUCUGUGCAUGAUGUUUAUGGGAAGUGGAGCCCUCUUGUCCUGAACCCAAGCUUUACCAUAAUGCACUUUUUAGGAGCUAGCAAGAAUCAUCAACUACGUGGUAUAAGAGGGUUCUUCAACCGGUCCUCCAAGUCCUCUGUGGACACAAACACCUCUGGUCUUCGGAAACGCUCCAUUAGUGAUCACCUCCUGCGACGAACAGCCAGCGCACCAGCAAAGGGAAGGAAGAAGACAAAAAUGGCUCUAUCUGAGUCAGUGGCUUCGAUAUCUGAUCAUGGCAAUGGUGCUGAUGCAGGGGCAUCAGGAGGAGAAGGCCCCUCAGUGAGGGCAGAGGGAGCAGAGAAGCCACUUCAGCCUCGAGCGCCUCUUAUCCAUAGACCCAUUUCCAUGCCUUUAGACAGGUUACUGCAAGGGCAGUUGUCUAUCUGCGCCCCAGACAACGAAGAGAAUGACAUUGGUGCAGACUCUAUCACCGGAGCUUCUGGAUUCAAGAGACCCAGGUCUUCCUCCAUGAAUGUUUUUACAGAAUCAUCUGUUUCUGUUCAAAAGAACAUUUAUAUCCCUUCAAAGACAAACAGAAAGAAAGAGCAUGAUCGAACAGACGAGACUUCCUACCUGGUUAUUGGCGGUGGAGAAACAACAAAGGAGGAAGUAUAUGUCAAUUACCAGUCAGGUCUAAGUAAAUCCAACAACUUCCCUAAAGAAACAAGGGAAACAUUUGCUAUGUCAAUUUCAACAAACAGUCAGGCAACAUUAGAUAAACCAGAAACAUCAUCAAAUAGUACAACUUUCACAGUUGCACCAUUGGUGUCCUCCUCCUCGUCGUCUGCCAUUUCAUCUUUGGCUACUGUUUCUGGAGCAAAUGGUGUUCUUAAAAGUCCUGGUGUUUUGCAUGACAGCACUAUUUCCAGACUCAUUGAUGCUGUAUCUUUAGACAAUGAACAGGAAAUGUCUUGCUCUGUUUCUGCUCUGAUUGAGCAGUUUGAAAUGACUACUGACCAAAAGAAUCUAAAUACAUCAUCCCAGAACAUUCCCCCAUCCCAGACUUUGGACUUCAGACCCACCUCACCUAAACUCCAAGAGGAAUCAACAUGUCCUUUUAUAGCCCAAAUGGCAUCGUCUCAAAAUAAAUCUUUGAUGAAUCACCAAAAGCCAACAAAUAUGAAUAAUGAAAGUUGUUCACACAAAAAGGCUUACCAAGUAAGUAAAACCUCUCUAGGUCUCAUCUCGAACCCAGAAACUGCUGAACUUGAAGAGGUCUACACUAUUCUGGAUGAGGAGGUUUUGACACCAGUUUCUGUGUACAACCUGAGGAAGCAGACAGUUCAUGUUCAGGCAGAUACUACAGGAAGCACACCUUCAAGCAGUAUAGCUUCUUCACCUGUAAAAACAACUCAAAACCUAGGGAAAGAGACAGGAAGCAGGCUGGGCUUGAACGGUGUAGGAGGACUGUGGGGUGAGAGUGAAGAAGAUUUGAAGCUAGAGGAAAGGGUGUAUGAGGAGGUAAAAUAUGCUUCAGAUGCAGAACCUAGGGAACUGCAGGGUACUUCUAAAAGGUACAUAAGGUCCUCCUCCUCUGACCUUGUUCAGAUCCUCCACCAUUCUACUGAAGAGUCAUUUACAGAAGUGGAGCUAAAUGUUGAUGAUCCAUCUGAGAUUAUAUCAAACAACAGCAAGAUGUGGGUUGAGCUUUCAAGUCCAGUAAAAUGCCAAGCUGUUUUCCAAAAUCAUGACUUCUCUCCUAGCUAUUUCCAGCCAAAACAUGAUUUUUCAUAUUCUCCUCCACAAUUCCCAACAAAAUCAUUUCAUGCAGCCCCUUCAAAGCACUCAUUUCCAGUGAGUAAUGUCAUAAAAUGCAAUCAAAUCUCAAAUGCCCAUCAACAAAAAAACUCAGAGCUAAGACAUCAGAGAUCUGUAGACUCUAGACCCACAAACCAUAGUCCCCUUCCUCAGAAUAGUUACUCCUUAACUCAGAGCAACUUUGGGGUCCUUAACUACAGCAAAACAUCUGACUUAAGAAGCUGUAAAUCAACCAUGACUUCUAGUAGAUCUCAUCAAGAAAGAACGGAAAUCAAUCAGAAAAACAGAGAAACCGGAGACUUUUACCAUGGUUUUUCUUCUGCAGAAAGCCUUCCACGACAAUGUGCCACACCACAGAAUAGGUGUAGGCAAAGACCUCUUUACUCUCCUUCCUCUGAUUAUGAACAUAGUCAACCAGACUAUGGUUGCAAUAUGCCCUCCACAGAGUUUAUAACUUCUCAAAACAUCCAACUACCUAGCCAAGGUCAAGAGCACCAUGUACAGACUUGCAAAUAUAAGAACAGCCCUGCUGAACACAGAAACCAUGAGCAAUCUAAAGUAAGACAUUCACUUCGUUCACAUUUGAGACCUUCAUCAGCUUAUCUCCAGUCUUCUAUCAUAGAUUCCACAGACCAUAAGCCAUGCAAGUCUAAGUCCCUGGGAGACUUGACCUCUGAAGACAUUUCAUGCAACUUUCAAAGUAAAUACCAUAUCAUUAGUCGCAGUUUCUUUACUCCUCAUACAACAAGGCAAAAGCCUAAAGACAUAUCAGGCAAACACUUUUUUCGCACAAAGUCUUGUGAUCCAUUUACAGAGCAGUUACGCAAACUGGUUAGCUUGGAGUUAGAUGAUGGUCUCAGAGAAAGACCCCAAUCUCCUCAGGUGCAACAAGAAGCAAAUAGCCAACAGUCACAACCUCAAGAAAUAAGUGCAUUUCAAGUUGCUCAAAGAAAUAUAGAUGAUUCCCCUCCUCCAAUACUUACCCGACGUCUGUCUUCCCGAAGCCAAAGCAGAGUGCGCCACAUUAACAGCCGUGCCCGUGAGAGACAGCAAGAGGCUCAAAAAGUUAGGCCAGGAGUGGUGAUGAGUAGUGAUGACAGCACUGGAGGAGUGGUACUGAGGAAUAAACCUGUGCAGAAUCAACCACCUGACAGACACUCUACUGGCUCCUACAUAGCAGGCUACCUUGAUGAUUUGGAGGACAGGGGGCUACCAGAAGGAGCCUGCACAUCAGUACAUUAUGGCAAUGUUGACCGUUUUCGAGAUCGGUACUAUACAGAUGACUCUAUUCCAUUUGGAAACAACGCUCAUUCAGAAUCUGAACCUGAAGUGUACUUUCUGCUUAGGUUGUAGCUCUGACUGUGACUCAUGACAUGGAAGAAAGGACAAAUGCACUAAACUUUCUAUAGAUUUGGUUACACUGAAAGCCAGAUGACCAUAAUAAUUAAAUACUGCACUUGUUUUUCUGACAUGUCUAAGCUGUUAAUAGUCUACAAUUUACUUCAAGUAAAAUCUUCCAUAUAAGUCAUUGUAGGACCUGAAAGCAUGAAAUGUCCACCUGUAGGAAAUGUCAAUUUUUCUGUCAAGAAUGAUGUUGUUGAUUGUGUAUUGUCAAUAUUCUCUCUAAUGUAUAAAUGUUCUUGGGAGCUUAUGAAUCCCUUCAAACACCUUCCCAGACAGGUUGGACAGAUUCUUGUUAUCUUUGUCCCUGUGUUGUACUGUCCAAUGUAUGUACAAUGACAAUGAAGUAAAAAAAAAGUAAGAGGAAAAGGAAGAUAUGUCAUUCUCUGCAAAAUGUGAAUGUGUAGAAUAUUGAAGCGGCUACUUUUAUUGAAUGGGGUUCAUCUUUUAAUCUAUCAAAUAUAAGUCUUCCCCUCUUUCGAGUGGUAUGUUCUUAUGUCUUGUUUGUAAAUAUCUCUAAUAUGAUUUUUUCAACUGAAAUCAGUUUUAGCAGAGAAUCACAUUGAAUUUUGUAUUUGUUUGUGCAUGUUACACGUGAACAUGUCAAGCAUGACUAUGCACUAGUUUAUACAAUAAAUGUUGGAUUACCUAAUCUUAUUUGCACAGAGCAAACAGAAGUUAUAGGCAUGUUUGUAUUGAGUGCAAUACAGUAUGUUAACUUCUGUGCUUGGACUUGUUACUUAAUAGCCUGAAGGAUUUGAUUGCAAAUUUUUAAAAAUUGGGACCUAAAAGUUUUUAUUUUUGUAAUUGCUUUGAUACAGACCGUGAAAAUACUCUUGUUCUUUCUGGUUAUUUUGUUUUGUAUAACUUAACGGUCUGAUCAAAUGAGGUGAUAAAUACACAGGGUUAGCCUAAGGAUGAAUAGAGAGCAAUGAUGUUAAUUUGUUUUCUUUAAAAAAAUGUUUCAGUAUUACACCACACUUUUUUCUUUGUAUCGUUGCUCACUGAAUAACUGUGAGUAUUUUUUCCAAUCAAUGCAAUAAAACAUAGAAAUGA